AUGAAUGAUAAUAAUAACAAUACAAUUAUAUCGUUAUGUGGAAAUAAUAAUUUUCAACAAAGACAUCGUACAACGGCCAGUCAAUCUCAAUUCUUGGAAUCGUAUUUUCAAAAUGUUGAUGAUUUCCCCGAUUCAAACAUGAGAGAGAGAAUAGCAUUAAACUUAAAUAUGCCAAGCAAAAGCGUUCAUAUUUGGUUUCAAAAUAGAAGAGCGAAACGUAAGCAAGAAGAAAGGACUUGCCAAGAACAAGAAUCGCUUGAUAAUUGCAAUAAUGAUCUUAAUAGUAACAGCACUGCCCCUGCUGUUAAUAAUAGUUCUAACAAAACAGCAAAUGGAACCAACGACAACGGUAAUGAUAAAUCAGCAAAUCAAAGCCAAAUUUUUUCAUUGCUGCAACGACAAUCUCUAGAACAAAAAUUAAACAACAAUCCACCAACUCAGCUUCAACCUCCAUCAAUAUUGUCACCAUCUUUGCCAAUGUCACAACCAUUGUCGACAACUACUUUUCUUCACACCUCCAAAAUAAUACUUCCUGCACUAUUAACAGGCACUAAUAAUUAUAGAAUUUUCGCGACAAAAGUUAACACAAAUGAAAACUUUGAAAAAAUCGAGAAAAAUGAAAAAAAUGAACUAAUGAACAUAAAGAAAUUAUUAAUUUAA